AUAAACAAUCAACAAAAACAACGAAUUUCUUAACCAACAAAGGCAACCAUUCUUAGCUUGAAUCUCGCUUUUCUCUCAUUUUUCCUCAAUCAGUCCACAGCCACCAUUUUUAAAACUCCUCUUAAUUAAUUCAUCCCUCUCUUUUUCUUUGCUCUAGAGAAGAUUAAGAUAUAAAUACUUUUUUUUUUGCUCGGAAAAAGCAGCGAUUAAUUAAUGCGAGCAAAAUUUUGAAGAAAUUAAUUGAUGGCUGCUGCUGUUAAGCGAGUGAUUCCAUUAGGUGUUAAUUAUGGAAUUAGUUUAUCCAAAUUACGAGGAAAUUAUAAUGUGUCCAAUGUUCCUGCAGCUUCCUUACUUGUAAAUAGAUCCCAUUAUUGCGCCGAGGGUUAUAACGUCAAAUGUUACGGUUCGCUAUCGGCGAAAUCUUCUGCUCAUAGCAAGUUUGAUUGUAGGCAGAUGUCGCAGCUGGUUAAAGCUAAUGGCAAGCGUGCAUUUCUCGUUGAUACCUUAGCUUUGGUUAAGAGUUUAGAAGCACAAGGUGUACCUUCAAAGCAGGCAGAGGCAAUAACAUCUGCUAUCACCGAGGUUUUAAACGACAGCUUGGAAAAUAUUGCUUGUUCUUUUGUUUCACUAGCUGAAAUGCAGAAAUCUGACUUGGUUCAAGAAGCCAAUCUUUCCAAGUUCAAAUCCCAAAUACAAAGUUCUCAGGAAAAUCAUUUUUCUCUACUGCAACAUGAAACUGAAAAGCUUCGGAAUGACAUUGAAAAAGUGCGUAGCGAAUUGAGGUAUGAGAUUGAUAAGCUUACUGCUGGUCAACGUUUGGAUUUAAAUCUCGAAAGAGGAAGCAUCCGCGAUGAGCUUGCCAAGCAGAAUGCAGAAACCACCAACCUUACUAACAAGCUAGAUCGAGAAAUCCAUGCCCUGAGGGCGCAACUUGAAGCUGGAAAAUAUGAAGUCAUCAAAUAUUGUAUAGGUACACUUGUGUCCAUCUCAGCUGUUGGCCUUGCUGUGCUUCGUUUAUAUGCUUAAACAGAGGUUCCAGAAGACAUCUAUUGCCUCAAAAAAGGAAGAAAUACAGCUCUCGUUAUUUUUUGGGAGCUUCAGUAGAUGUCAUCCCAAUUGUUGAAUCAAUUGUAAUACUAGUAGAAAGGUCAACAACUUUGUACAAAUGAAUAUUCUUAUUGAAUUUGUUGUAUCUUAAUAGGAAUAGGUUUUUUUUUCUUUUGAAGAGACAUUGUAUUGGGGAAAAAAAGAAAGAUUUCUCCGUGACAGAGAACUAACUCCAACCUUUUUACUGGACAA